AUGAUCCUGUCUGUUCACGUGAUCGAUCUCUUCAAUCCACAAAAUUUGAUGGCUACGGAUACCAAGGGUGCUUUGUGUUGCCAUAACGAACAGCCUGGCGUCUUCGGAUGUAAAACCAGCUGCGAUGUCACGAUCGAAAUUUGCUACCUAGAUACCACUUCCAGUAAUUGUGUGAAGAGAUUUACAAGUAAUGUCAUUCCCGGGGGAUUUGGUCAAACCCAAUUUGGUUCACCCAUCGGAAACUUGUCUAACCCUGUCGUCAUCCACAUUCCAACAUGGACUCCUCGUUCCAGGUAUCGUGUCACUGCCUACCAAGACCGUAACUAUCACAACAUCAUCAGCCAGAUAGUGGUUCAACCUAACUCCAAGGAUAUUGCUCCUGAUGAAUUACACGCAGCAAAUCAUCAUGCUGCUAUGAUGUAUUACCGUACGGGAGCUACCAUAUCAACAGACUACAAGAUAUUCCAGUGCCAAGCUGACCAUUCACUUCACCAAACGUGCAACGCCCAGGGUCACGUGGUUUGUAUGGAUCCCUACUACGGCACGGACUGCUCCCAACAGUGUUCCAUACUGCCAGCCAACGGUGCCUUACGAGGAACCUGUAUCCAAGGAGUCGGUCCAAUAUGUCAGAGAGGUUGGAGUGGUCCACAUUGCACAAUACCUGAUGUAUGUUCAAACAAUCAGUGUCAAAAUGGCGGUCACUGUUUGAACGAUCCCAGCGUUCCGGUGUACGGAUUCCGGUGCGCGUGUCCACAAGCAUGGACCGGUCAGUUUUGUGACCAGAUAGACUCUUGCGCUUACCACUCCUGCAAUAAUGGAAAUUGUACAAACGACAACACGCAUGUUCAUGGUUACCGUUGCAAUUGUCUUGGUGGAUGGACUGGUGACGUUUGUGACGUCGACGUAAACGAAUGUCUAUUUCCAGGAGCUUGUUCCGAUCGUGGCACGUGCCACAAUUUGGCGGGAACAUUCUCAUGCUCGUGUGAAGCUGGAUGGUCGGGUAAAGCCUGCGACACAAGUCUCUGUUCUACAGGUUACAUUGGAGCAAACUGUACCACCAUUACCAGUUGUGAAAAUAACGGGUUCAAAGUUCUGUCGGCGACCGGGAUAAUAUGCCAGUGUCCGUACGGAUGGAUGGGAGCUAGGUGUGAAAUAGACGAGGACGAGUGUGCCGACCCCAGUACAUGCCAGAACAACGCCACGUGCAUAAAUCGACCAGGAUCGUUCAUUUGCGCAUGUCAGACUGGUUGGAAGGGGCACCACUGUGAAGCGGAUAUAGAUGAAUGCGUGGCGAACCCUUGUAUGCAUGGGACUUGUAAUAACAGUCAAGGAAGCUACCAGUGCAUAUGUGAAAAGGGUUGGAUAGGAACACAGUGUGAAACAGACAUUGACGAAUGUGAGCACACGGUUUGUCAAAAUAACGGCACGUGCAUCAAUUUUGAGGGGAAUUUUCACUGUAAGUGCCCGGAUGGUUAUGGCGGCGGGCUUUGUGAGUACGAUAUUGAUGAGUGUGCUAACGUUACCUGUUUAAACUACGGCGUCUGUUCGGACCUUGUGAACGAUUUUGUGUGUAAGUGCUCCCUUGGUUUCACGGGUCAGCUAUGUGAGACUGACAUAAAUGAAUGCGCGAGCAAUCCAUGUGUCCAUGGCAACUGCUCCGACGAAGUGGCGAAGUAUAACUGUCGGUGUAAACAGGGAUGGAGCGGUACGAAUUGUGAUAAGGAUGUCGACGAAUGUGACUUUUCCCCAUGCGAAAACGGAGCAAAUUGUACCAAUAACCCUGGAAGCUAUCAAUGCGCGUGCGUUGUGGGAUUCGUUGGUACACAAUGCGAAAUCAACAUUGAUGAUUGUUCCAGCUCUCCCUGCAUGAAUAAUGGUACGUGCGUUGACUCGGUCAAUGAUUACAGCUGUGUUUGUUACGGUCAGUUUACCGGAAAACGUUGUGACGUAUACAAUUUCUGUGCAUACAGUCCGUGCGAUCACGGCCAGUGUGUGGUUACAGACAACACCCCGAACUGUCUGUGUGACGCAGGCUGGGAAGGCGUGGCCUGUCACUACGAUAUCGACGAGUGUGCGCAAUCAUCACCUUGCACAAACGGAACGACAUGCGUCAAUACACCCGGACGUUACGAAUGCGAUUCCUGUAACAACACAAUGUGUGGUAUCAAUGGCACGUGCUCAAUGUUGAAUAAUGUCCCGACAUGCACCUGUGGAUAUGGAUGGACAGGCCCCUACUGUUCCCAGGAGGAUUUCUGUAUCGGCAAUCCGUGCAGCAGCCAUCUUGAAUGCGUCAACACUUUUGAUGGAUACACGUGUCACCAUUACCAUGGUAAAGACCUAUGUGACGCCAUGCCGUGUGAAAAUGGUGGGUCAUGUGAGUUUCAUUCGCGCUACACUCCUCCCAGCUUCGAGUGCCACUGUGCUAACGGAUGGACGGGGUCCACGUGUGCCACUGACAUAGAUGAAUGUGUUUCCAAACCCUGUGCUGCUGACCAUGUAUGCGUAAAUACAGCUGGAGGAUUUGCAUGCGUGAAACAUACUGUUAAACGUUCGAGUUCGGAGAGGGAUUCUGGGACUGUGAUGUUGGAAGUAGACCACGUCAUACAGAAACCUGACGUCACUGACCUCCGUGACCUUCUCACGUCCUUGAUCUGUGGAAACGGAUGUGGAUCCAAACAUUGCUCUGUGGAUAUCAGUAGUUAUACUGUCCAGUUCAGGUAUGCGAUGUCGACCUUGGGUAUCACUGCCAGGUGUGGAAAUGACGUCAUUAAUCACGAGACGCUGAAUGACGUGCUUGGUAAAACAUUCAAGAUAAUCAACUGACGCUGUUAAAAGAACAACGAAAUCCGUGCUUAUUUCACUUACAGAAAAUGUAAUGUCAAAAUAACAUGACGAAUACAAAUAUUUUUCUAUACACAUUACUUGAUGUUUAUGUUAUUAAGAUCAACAAAUCAUUUAAUGCAAUCCGAUCAAAAUAAUAACUCGAUGCAUUUUAUAUAAAAAAAUCCUGGUUUGAGUAGGCGAGCUGAGUUGAUUCAAUAGACGAUUGUAUCGAACCCUGUACCUGCUAAAAUGAAUACACGUACGUGCCUAGAUACAAAAUUUGUGUGUAUAAUGUAUAGCACUUUUCAUUCAUUUUUUUUUUACUUUCCACUUUUUUCACUUAAGUUUUUAUCUAUGAUACAUUCUCUAGUCGUGGUCCUGAUCUCUAGUUUUAAAAAUCUUGAAUUACCUUGGUUUAGCUAAUCUAAUUGUUGUCUCAUAUGGAUGUUGAGUCAAAUCAAUGUCCAAAAGAAUUUACUGUUUUUCAUUUAAAUAUCAGAAGUGUACGGAAUAAAAUUCAGGAUUUGAUGGAUUUGACCGAGUGUAUGAUGUUAGUUGCCUUACAGAAACCCAUUAAGACGACCAUGCUUUAUCUGACAGUUUGCGUCUUGAAGGAUUCCAUAAACCACUGUGUUUAGACCGUAAUUUUGCGGGAUGUGGUAUUCUUGUCUACGUCAAUGGCAAACUUAAAAUUAAGCGUCUAGGCGAGUUAGAAUUUCGAGGGUGUGAGAUUCUUUGGACUCAGAUAGAAUUCCAACACUCAUCUAUUAUUAUAGGUACUAUUUACAGACCAGAAACACUCUAGUAAUCCAUUUUGGGAUCAUUUAAGUGAAUCGACAGACAGAGCAUUAGAUAUUUCUCCAAACUUGAUUAUGAAUGGUGAUUUAAAUAAAGACAUGUUAACUAG